AUGGCUCCCAAGCGCCCUAACUUCCUCGUCGUUGUCGCCGAUGACCUGGGCUUCUCAGAUAUAGGCUGCUUUGGCGGCGAGAUCCGCACACCGAAUCUCGAUCGCAUUGCGAAACAGGGUGUGCGGUUUACUGACUUUCAUGCUGCGGCUGCAUGCUCUCCCACCCGCGCCAUGAUCAUGACCGGCACAGACCACCACAUCGCCGGCCUGGGCAACCUCAUCGAAUGGACCAACAUCUCCGGCCAGAACGGCCCCAAAGGCUCCGCGAUGAGUACCGCUCCACAGCGCGGCAUGCCAGGUUACGAGGGGUAUCUCAAUGAGCGCGUUGUGGCACUCCCCGAGGUCCUCCGCGAUGCAGGCUACCACACCCUCAUGUCCGGGAAAUGGCAUCUGGGCCUGACACCCGAGCGUUCGCCAUUUAACCGCGGCUUCGAUCGCUCUCUAGCCCAUCUCCCUGCCUGCUCAAACCACUACGCCUAUGAGCCCCAGCUACAGGGCACCGAUGAGACACCCACUUUCCUGGAAGCUAGCUACAUCGCCCUGCACAUGGAAGACGACAAGUAUGUCAAGAAGCUGCCCGAGGGCUGGUACUCAUCCGAUGGAUAUGGCGACAAGAUGCUCCAGUACCUCCGUGAAUGGCACGACCGCUCCGAUGAGCGUCCCUUCUUCGCCUACCUUCCCUUCACAGCUCCACAUUGGCCCCUCCAAGCUCCUCGCGAGUAUAUCGACCACUACCGCGGUGUCUACGACGACGGUCCGGAAGCACUUCGUCAGAAACGUCUCCAACGCCUGAAAGAAUUAGGCAUGAUCCGCUCAGACGUAGAAGCCCACCCCGUCGUCGCAGACGAAGUCAAACCCUGGUCCGAAUUCACACCAGAGGAAAAGAAGCUCUCCUGCACCGCCAUGGAAGUCUUCGCCGGAAUGGUGGAGUGCAUCGAUACUAACGUAGGCAAGGUAGUCGACUAUCUCGCUUCCAUUGACGAGCUGGACAAUACAUUCGUCUGCUUCAUGUCCGACAACGGUGCCGAGGGCGCUGCCUACGAAGCUUACCCCAUGGUCCAGAGCGGUGUCAUGCCCCAUCUCCAGAAAUACUAUGAUAACUCACUCGAGAAUCUCGGCAACGGGAACUCGUUCAUCUGGUACGGACCCCGCUGGGCCCAGGCCGCUACUGCGCCGAGUCGGUUGUACAAGGCGUUUACCACGGAGGGAGGUGUCCGCGUGCCAUUCUUAGCUCGGUUUCCGUCGUCUGUUUCUGUGGGGGAUCAUGUGCGUAACGGAAGUAUCACGGAUCAGUUUGCGACGGUUAUGGAUCUUGCUCCGUCUAUCUUGCAGAUGGCGGGUGCGACGCACCCGGCGCCUUCGUAUAAGGGUCGUGAGGUAGUAUCCAUGCGUGGUCGUAGCUUUUACCCUUGGGCGACUGGUGAUGCGCCCCGUAUUCAUGAGCAGGAGUUUAUUCAAGGAUGGGAAACGUGUGGGAGAGCGGCACUUCGCUUCGGGGACUGGAAGAUUGUCUAUAUCCCCAAGCCGAAGGGCCCUGAACGGUGGCAGUUGUACAAUCUCGCCGAGGACCCUGGAGAGAUCCAUGAUCUGGCGGAGCAACAUCCCGAUCGGUUAAAGCAGUUGCUGAAGUUGUGGGAUCAAUAUGUUAUUGAGACAGGAGUGAUUCCGUUGAACCCGGAUUUGGGAGAAUUUCUGGAGGCAACGGAGGCGCAGAUGCCAGAGAAUGCGUGGAUGGAGUAUGAUUACUGGAAGAAAGGGGCGAGGGAUGAGCCUGAGAAGUUCAUGAGAAACCCGCCUAGGUUCCAGAGAGUUGUUAAACAGUUUUAG